AUGGCAACGUGGUACUCUGCGGUAAUGGUAAGUAAAAAAUAAAACCCCCGAACUAAACGCGUCAAAACGAAACAAACGUUCGGAAAGACUAUCGUUUUACGGAACUCAAUACGGUUGCCUUUAGGCUAUAGCUAGCGGGUGUCGAUUUCGCGAAAUAAUAACAAUACGUAAUUAUUAUUGUCAUUAUAAAAAUACCGUCCGCAGUUAUAGUAUACGUAUUCCGAUCCGAAUAUUAUUAUCCUUAAAAGUCCCGGGGACUUGUAAUUUGCUCGAAUUCGUAAACUAUCAAAUUUCUCCCCGCCCCCUCCCCCAUCGUCACUGUAAUAAUAAUUUCGUCUAUUUGCUUUGUCAUUAAGAAAACGGGCGGACUCUCGAAUAGUUUCGCUCGCGUUAUACUACGCGGGGGAACACGCGAAAAAAGAAAAACAAGCGCAGUAAACACGAGACCGUAGGAAAUGUAUAAUAUGUAUACAUAUAUAUAGGUUAUUGGUACCGUAUUAUUUUCGAGAUUCAAGACGGCGACGACGAAAUAAUAAUCGAUAAUGAAAAUAAUGGCAGCGUUUGCAGUUUAAAACCGUAAACACACGGUAUCCGGUAACGUUUCGGCGCUAACGCGUGCGGUAAUAACCGUGUGUGUACGGGAGACAAAUUAACUCGGUUUUCCGACGCGACCGUCGCCGCUUCCCGUCCGACUGAUUUUUAUUCGUAAAACACGACAAACUCCAAAUUCCCUACAGGCGUAUCGUGCAGCAAAACUAUUAUAAGCCUUUUGUUGUUCUUCGGAUCGCGUCCGGAGACGUUGAAAAUUCGUCUCGAACACCGCGAAAAUAUUUUGCCCAUCGAAUUCUGUACGAUAUUCCGCACUUCGGGCGGUCCGAAGGCGCGGAAACACCGAACGCGGAAAUCCGACGGACCUGCCGUAUGAAUUGCACUGUCCCGGCGGCGACUUAACUCGCAAUAUUAUCUAAAGAUCCGGAGACGCGGUUCUCGUUUAGACGGCCAACGCAAUCGACGAACGUGUUUAAUUUAGUAAAAAUUUCACGAUUUAAUGCGAUUUCCGAACAGUUUGCAUACGUUCGGUAAUACCGUCAUCGGUUUCCGUACAUAAAUCGCGGCAAAAAGGUGACGAUACCUGGGACCACUCGUAUUGCACAAACGCAGAAACUGACUUACGCAGAUUACCAACUAACUGACCCGACAAUGUUUCGCUGUUGCUAGAUAACAGUGUAAACAACAACUGUGAUAAUAAUAAUAGACUUUUUGUCCGUGACAACCAAACCGUCAUCCGGGUCACCCGAUAGGUAACCCGUGAUAAUAAACAAAACUAAAUAAUUAAUUAGGUAUUCUCGGCAUGAAUAUAUCUAAUUAAUUAGAUACAUUCCUAAAAACCUAACUGUAGCUAUUUUCGUAAAAAUCUCGACAUAUUUUGAAAAAAAAAAAACGCAGCCCGUGUUACCUUGCCGAUAAUGCAGCUUUUUUUAUGCGCGAAAAAAGUUUUAAAACCGGUUAAGUAGUUUUCCCAUUUCCCAAGUACCUUCCCGUUUUUCGUACACCCACGGAAUAUCAGCUGAGCUCUAACCGGACGCUUUUUACACGGGUUGGUGAAUUUCGACUUUUCAAAGUUCGGUCGAUUAACAAGUAUUUUUUUUUUUAAUUAUUAUUAUGUCGUAACUUUACGAACGAUUGUAUGGUAGCGAGUUUUUACGUACAAAUACGUACGGCGCCGAAUACAAGAAACGAUUAUUCAUAUUGCGCGUAAAAAAAUAUUGAUUUCACUUUCGUACGCGAAUAUUAUAAACAAUUUUUUUUCUCCUUUUCGGAAAUCGGUAAACAUCGUCGCUAACUGUUUCGAUUGUACUGUCGUAGCGUAUAAUAAUUUAUAGUUUAUUACCGCACCCCGAAUCGAUGUAACCAGUAAACGCGCUUAAGAACGUACACACGAACGUGUUGAUUUUAAAAGUUGCGGUUUUUAUGCCGAAAAAAAAACUCUGCUCGUUUAAAACUGCGAUUGAAAACUUAUCGUUACGUAGAAAAAAAAAAAAUCGACAACCAAAGAUUACCCCGCGAUCAUUUACGGGUUUUCGUUUUAUCAGUCCGGACGCCACUGACGUUAAAUAACACGUUGUACGCUGCUGCUGUGAUACCAUACCGUCCGCCGGACAUUUUUUUCGAGCGCUUCGUACGGCGUGAUAAUUACGGGAAAAUAACCACCACCCCCCCCGAAAUCUCGAAAAUUCCGGCGCAAUCUCGACUUUUACGAAACGCAAUACGGCUGAACGGUAAAUCCCCGUGCGCUCGACAUCAAUACGAUACGACAAUGUAACAGGUGCGAAAUAUACGAGAACCGGUGUCGAACGUUUUACGCCGGCGAUAAUCGUUUUCGCAGCGAAAAAAAACAAUGACAACACGUAAAAUACCGGGUAUCGCGCGUAGACGGGAAAACGGAAAACAUUUUGAAAAAAAAAAAUAAAAUACGUUCGCCGGAGUACCCGAUUUGCCUAUGCAGUACGCCGUCCGGUCUUGCGCGACCGGUCCGCGGAAAACGCCGGCGCGGUUCGUUUUACGGAGCGUACGGACGCGACAUAAAAUAUCGGGAAAAACGAAACGGCCGAGCGAACGACGAAACGACGUAACGGCCGACUGACAUCGAUAUAUCCGUUUACGCUCCGGUAAAGGCGAAUCAACGGCGCGCCGUAUACGGUACAAAGUUUAGAACAUAAAACAUGCUACGCGGACAACAAUCGAGAAUUAACACGGGAAUCGAUACUGCACAAUGACUUUGCAGCCGUAUCUAUUGUUCCCGAUACACCCUGUAAAACGACUUGGUUCAACGACUCAGAUUCACCAAGAUCCACUAUUGUCCGGUUGAACCGACCCCGUGCGGGCCAUUCGCUCCUAUCCGCGAUCGCGCUUACAUAAACUUGGUUUAAAUUGCUCUCCCGUUUGCGCACCACACUUAAACGAAAUCGUCCGCGACCUAACGCCCGCGCUAACCCGUAGACUGUCCCUCGUCACUAGGGCUCGGAGACUCUAUGCGCCCAAAGUCCACAAAAAAAAUUGUAAAAAAAUGCUUAAAAAUGCACUUGGAAAAAAACAAAACAAAAAAUUGUAAUAUGUUUUUAAAAGACCCCACUCUAAUGGCUAUAACUUAUGAACCACAUUUUUCGAAAACUACAAAAAUUAUCAACACUAGCUUUUAUAUAAAAUUGUAAGUAUUAUAAAAAAAAAAAAAAAAACUACAUACGUUAGAACAGUACAUUUUAACGGUUAGAGACAUGGGGAUUAGGCGUGGAAUUUUUAAAUCCUUCUGGGCUCUCUGUUAUUUUUACUUUUAAAAUUUUUUUUAAAAGCUCUUUUAACGUUUAUUUAAGCUGUUUUCUGUGGAUUUUAAAUGCAUAAAGUCCCGAGCCCUGUUCAUUACAUACUAAAUGUAUAAUUUUGCUCGGUUACUUGCAAUCCCUUAACGUUCACCCCAUAACGUUAGGUAUUGUUGAGCACGGAGAAAAGGUUGCUCUUCUCCGUGCUCAACAAUAAAUCCAGAAUGGCCACACAAAUAAUAGUUAAUCAAUUUCGUAUUGGAAGAUGAUUUUGUUGUUUAAUAUUUAUCUGUUUUUUUUUUUUUUAAUUUUCACUGCCAUAAUUUCGUAUUGAAAUAAUUGUCAAGCUGUCAUGGUCACUGGCUAAAAGGUAAUAAGAAAAAAAAAGCAAACAAAAUAUUAUACAAAACGAGAAUAUAACGAAAUAAAGGCGUACGGUAAUAAUAGUCGGAUAAAAUAUUUGACAAAUCAAUUAGAGAGAGUGUCCAACAUUAAAAUAAAUCUAAAUAUUGUAAAUCGAAUAUCCCGCGAACGCGAGGACGUUGACCGGAAUGUAUGACACAUUAUAUUUCGAAUUGAUCGUCGGAGCAUAAAAAAAAACCGAUUUAUUUCUCAAAAUGUCCGCAAAAAAAAAAAAAAAACAUGUAAUGAUAAUACGCGGAUAAAACGAAUCGAACGGUCCUCAAAACGAAACGCAAAUUAUAUCGUCCUCGGGUAAUAUUAUACGGGUUUUUACAGUUUUACAGCCGAACGAUACCGUGUUCCAUCAUUCGGAUGGAAACAAAACGCAUUAUACACAAUUCGAACGUUAAACCGCACCGACCUUUUCGACGAAUGUUAACCGCCUCGGUCCGAGCCGUUUGAGGAGGACGUUCCCACCCCCCCCCCCCCCCCCCCUCCGACAGAUAAACUAUUAAGGAUCGUUCGAUUACGCGCGGUAUUUUCGUUAGAUCAGUGUUUUUUGACGACCGGACGACGGUGAUUUUUAAGCUCGGCCUUUCUCGGCGACAACACCACUCGGCAAUGGCGAUUAGCCGGAGUCAAAUAUAACAAUGCUUUAUCGCUCUGCAGUGUAUUCGCUACACGACGGAAUUUUUUUUUUUUUUUUGCGAUUUUUGCUACGGACCGCUGGUCAGGAACCACUGAACUAAAGCGUCAGACGAACCACCACCUAAACUAACCUAACCUAAUCUAAAUCCGCCCCGCAAAGUGCAUUAUAUUUUAUUGUACGCGCGCAUAUUACGCAUGUUCUGCAUAUUCCGCAGUCGCGUCUACUUUAACGACAAAACAAUGUGUUAAACUUUCAGGAAAAUACGUAUUAUAUUUCCGAUAAAACAACGAACUUGAAAAAAACUAUAACGGUGUUGGUGUUGCGCCGUAAUACGUUUUUGAAAAAAAAAAUAAUAAUAAUAAUACCUAAUAAAAAUUCGAUGUUUAUUAAUACGCCGCGCAGUCGUUUCGUACCGAUAAUAUGUCGAUUGUACACGCGAAACGUGCGCUUUUUACGCACGCGCAUAUACGGUUUAAAUAUUAUUAUUUUUUUUUUAAUACACGGGGUCAAUUUUACAAAACAAUUGUAGUUGCUGUCGGGGGUUUUUUUUUCGUAUUUCUUUUGGAAAGCUGCGUAUUAUUUUACAAUCACAGUGCGAAACCGUUAGUCAUCUGCUAAAAACAUCGCGGCAUCAUGAGUCAUUAUUUACACAACGCGUGCUUAUUGUAGUUGAGGAAAAUAUUAUAGGAAUGAAAAAUGCGUAAAGAAAAAAAAAAACGAACACGACACGCAGACUGCCGCUGUUUAUUAGAAGUGAAUUGUUUGACAAUCCUAUCGUCGUGGAAUAUAAAACAUAAAUAUUUAUGGGGUCGCGUUUAUACGCUGACGGGUCGCAAUUAAUGCGUCCCGUCAAGAAUAUCGUUCAAACGGGAAGAUAAUCUGUAUAGAAAGAACUAUGCCGCAAAAAAAAAAAAAAAAAAAAAACAUCAACAGCAACAACGAAAAUACUAAAAAGCUCCGCGUUCGCGUUAUUUGCCAAAUCAAAAGGCGAGCUUUCAUUUUUCAUUUUUACAUAAUGGAAACUGUAUAAAAAGAAUUUAAUGAAAAGUGCUGUUCGGGGUGGACUCGCUGCUGCUGCUGCUACUACUGCAGUUUUCCACGGCAAAGUCGAUUCCCGUUCGGCAAGCAGCACUUAAGACGAGGCGAAUUUCGAAUAAAAACAAAAGGGGCUACCACCGCGAAACGGUAAUGUUUUAAACGCGCAUUAUUAUUUUUUGGAUAUUCGAACGCGGCACCGUCGAUUUGAAACCCUAUGUACACACGCGUGUAAAGUGCGGCGUGUUUUCGUGUUCGUUUCGCGGAGCGUCUGAAGGGUUUCGAAUCGGAUUAUAAUAUUAUUUUUCAUAUUUUUUCCCCGAGCGGCCAAUUAAAUAAUACUCGACACACGUCAUAACCGGGAAAUUCAUAAAUGCAAAAAGUCAACUACUUCCGGUAACGUUCUUUCGGAAACGAGAGUGUCUGACGUUCUUCGAUUGUUUAUUUUUUAUUAUUUUUUUUUUUUUAUUAUUAAAUUUCAAUAUCGAACCGCGCCGUACCGCGUUGAAAUAACCGGUAAUUCACUCUGCCUGUAUGCGGCUUUUUUGCCCGACCGAGUAGAAGGAAUAUGGAAUUUAUUGUGUUCUUAUUAGUUUUGUUACGUGCAUUGUACCGAAAGCGCGACGAUCAUCAAAAACCGAUUCCGAAUAGAAAACAGAAAACUACAACUGUCGGAAAUGUCGAAACGCGUACCGGGUUUUCCGGAGGACUUUCGUCGGGCCUUUUAAUGUAAAACGCGGCGCGCAUUUCCGUUCGGCGUUUUUUCCCCUCGCGUACAUUUCGACCCGACCGCGGACACGCGAAACUAUAAUCCAUCAUUACCGUCAAAAGGCACCGGGCGCGUCGAGUGCAAUUAAUAAUAUGACGUUACGCCGGCAACGUGAUCCAUAAUAAUAUUGAUGUGUACUCACGUUAAACGGUACGAGAAAAAAUGCGCAACAAUAUUAUUAUUGCAGCAACACAAUAUUUCCGGCGGGCGGUGUUGUUUCGGGGAACUGCGAGACGUGCGCGCGCCGCGGGACGAUCGGUUACGCGGUCGCCGGUGGCGCGGACACAUUUUCGAAAAUUUGUCGAUUUCGGGGGGCGGCAUAGGGAGCGGGGACUUUCAAAGGAAGUUUUCCGUGUCCGAACGGGCACGCGGUCGAAUCCGUUUCGGCAGAAACCCUUUGUCUACUGCGCCGUGAUGUCCGCCGCAUUUACGCUGAGCGUAAAACGGUAAAACGGUCGAGCCGGUGGAUUUCGUAACGAAACAUUAUUCGCUUAUCCCGCGAAAACCGCUCUCCCCGGCGGACGGGGGUGAAGGGCGCGCCCUGGGGAAGGUUUAAAAGUCAAAGGCGGUGUUCGGUCUCUCUCUCUCACUCUCUCUCUCUCUCUCUCUGUCUCCGGGAACUUUUUUACGGUACGGGAUAGAGGGGAGUGGACACGCUAUGGAUAUUCACUCGAAAAUACUCCGGCGGAUGGCAGGAGGGAGGCUAAAACGGCGAUAACCAAACGUGAACCACGGUUAACCCAUAACCGCGAAAAACACAUUACCGUCGAGCGUCAAGUACGUUCCGGACAGAGUAUAAUAAUGUAUAAUAAGACACCGGAAUCGUUACUAAACCGGGAGUGCCGCGGCCGGGGUAGUAAACUCUCUCGCUCCGCUCGCCGUGUUUCGGACUUAUACGACCCGUCGUCGCGGCGUGUAAAAUAUUCUCACGGGUCGACUUAAGUUGUUCGACGUACGCGAACGGCAUAACACUGCGUAAACUCUCCCGGGUGAACAUUUCUAUGUAAUGUCGGAAAUAUGUAAACUCAUCUCCCGGGCAAUUUCGAACAUAAUAGUACGCCAUUCUCUGCGUAUACUGCAGUGUCAUUCGACAGAUCGCGAGUGGUCCGCACAAUAUUAUUUUAAAAGUGAUCGAAAUUUCACGCCGAAAGACUAGGGGGGAGAGGGUUUUUUUUUUAUUUUUUUGUUCGAAAAACAUAAUAUUAUAAUAUUACGGGUGUUAUGGUCGAAAUACAAUAAUAAUACGCACGCAGGCACUCGAAUAUUUGAUAGCGUGAAAUAACAAAUGAAAACGUUUCAUAUUUUAUUAUUUACACGACUUUUGUGCGAAAUCAUAAACAAAACGAGAUUUAUAGUAAUUUUAAAUUUUCAAAAAUUAUUUAUUAUUUAUAGAGUGUCGCUCGUGCCAAAAUAAAAGACGUUAAAAUUGAUGAAUCUGCCCGGUUUUUUUCUUUUAUUUCGUCCGUGUCGACCCGUAAAUCAACAACUAUUCCGUUUCGAAUAUACCGAAAACAACCCUGUGUAAUCUUCCCCUUCCCACACCCCUUUAGUGGUUGAAUAUCGGAAAUCCGGAUUUCACGCGAACCCGGUCAUCCGUUCCAGUAAAUUAUGCAAAUUUUCAGAUAGAUUCGGAGACAAAUACUUUUUUUAGUUUUUUUUUUUUUUUUUUUUUGUCGAUUGACGAGGAAUUCGAAUUUUCGACGAAAAACCCGUCAGGCCAGAUGGUAAUUUUCGGAUUACUUUGAGCUCGUCCGUCGGCCGGAGAGUUUAAAUGAUCAAGGCAUUCUUGCGAAUAUAUGUAAAUGCGCACGACGAUCGCCGCCGUCGCGGACGAGGCAGUGUUCGAUAUUUUUUUAUUUUUUUAUUUUUUUUGGGAGAGAGGGUAGCUCGGAGGACUGGAAUAAACGGUGCACGGUACGAUUAUUCCACGAUUGUAUUCCGCCGAAUCUGUUUGUUUUAGUGGUUUUUCCCGCGAACGAGCGGGUCAAUUACACACGCCGGAACACUCGGUUCGAAACCAAUGGAUUGGUCACGGCACCGCGGUGUACACCGCGAAAAAUGGAAAACUAAAAAACGCGUUUAAUGAGCCACGGUUUGUUCGUAUGGUCGUUUCUUUUAUUAUGCUGUUAUCAGUAUAAUAUAUUUUGUGACGCAAUCGGUCCGAUUUCCAUUCGAGCGGCGGGAUUGUCGUUUUCUGUCGGCGUGCCGCACAGAUGGAACACCGCCGGCACGCCGUUUCGCGCGGCCCUUGCCGGAACAACGAGAGACACCGGACAAAAACGAAUCCGAAAUCGCGUCGUUCCGCACGUGCCCUGUCCCGACGCAAUCGAUUUCGCGACGCCGGGCCGUUGAAAAACGUCCCGGAGCCCCGUCGAUCGCGCCCUCGUCCGCCUUGUGGUGCUCCUCCGUCCGGCGCGCGCGUCCGAAAACUCCUCGCGCGGAAACCCCGUUUCUUACGGAAACCGUCCGGCGCCGCGUCGGCCGAACCCGGACAUCGGUCGGUAAAGCCCCCGGACCCGGCCGCGGCGUCCGAACCGCAAUGCCGUGCACAGCGCCCGCGGCCGUUACCCCCGCAUAAUACGUUCGGCAUACGCGGUAUUGAUCGCGUCUCCAGUCCCGCGUCGUCGUCGUCGUCCCCCCGCGCGCGCGCGCGCACGGAACGGCGCGACAUUAAAACCGAAGCUCUUCGGGAAACGGGCGCCGCACUACACGUCGCGACGACUUAUACUUGCACGUCUUGCGCGACGUGUGAACGCGCGCCGCGAACGGCAUACAAAUUCGCACGACGUUACCGUAAUUCCGGCGGGAGACGAACGCAUAAUAAGCUAAUUAAAUACACUUUCUUUCCCCGGACGCGUUGCCCACCUAUGGAAUCGUAUUACACACGCAUCGCGCGCUCACGCGUCCCGCUCGCAUUCCCACCGUAUUCUGUUCGUUACCACGCGCGAACGCUAAGUUCGUUGUUGUAACGCUCUAAAUUUGUGUACGUGCGCGUGCAUUCGUAAACGCGCGCCCGGCCGACCUAACCUAAUACCGAACAAUUUACUACGGACGUGGAAAAAAAAAAAAUAAUAAUAUAAUAACGAUAAUGGUCGAGAGCUCAGGAUAUUGCGCCGUGUACCGUUUGUUUCGUGUACCGCGCGCGGCGAUGGAGUAUUGCGCGGGACAGAGGGAGAAAAAAAAAACGAUUCUGAGAAUAGACGUAUUAGUCGCGGUUUGUGUACCCCCUCUCCGCCACCAACAAGACGGGCAAUCCGGAAAUCGACAUACCGCGUAUAAAACCGAUGAGAAUCUAUAGGCAUUUUUUUCGCGCGAAUAAAGAACUGGCUACCGGAUAAAGAUUACCCGAUUCGAAACAUUCUUACCGACCGAAAAGUUUGUUUUUCUAUACGGGAGGGGGAAAAAAACAAAUUAAAAAAAAAACCCGUAGGAGAUGAACUGUUAGCAAUAUCGACGAACGUUUCGAAUAGAAUGCCGUCGGCCGGAAAUUCCACGUCUUUUGCGAUACGUAUUUCGUGAACAAAUCGGCAAAGCAUUUUUAUCAGCCUAAAAAAAAAAAAAGAUGUUUUCCGAGAAUAUAAAAAAAAAAACUCGUCCCAGUAAACUCACUAGGUUUUCCGUUAUCGCCCUCCGGGAUCGAAUAAAUGCGUGUUUUAACGGUCGUUGAAUAUUACACGACGCGGCUGUCAAUGACGUUGCGACGGGUACUUUUUAGCCCGUCGCAGGCGAGGCGACAUUAGUUCGUAACGGUUCGGGCGCACGGUACGCGAAGGGGAAAGACAAUAAAAAAAAAAAAAAAAUUGUUCGAAAAAUAUUCAUACAGCGAAUUCGGUGAUAUCGUACGUGAAAUAAAAAAACGAACAGAACGUAAUGUCGUACGCGUUCCCCGCGGCGGGUCGUACGCCAUUAUUUAUGCGACGCGUUUCCACGACCGUUGCGAGUAGUUCUUUUGUUGAUGUCUCCGUACACGCGGGCGGGAACGCAAAUAAAUAAUUAUUGUUCGCGGGAGACUGUUCGGGGCGUAUCGAGUAUUCCGGAACGUCGCGUCCCGGGGUUCGGUGCGUGUGCUCGGGACUUUUGUCAGACCGGCGGGACGGCGAUACGGGAACGGCGAAAAAAAACGGAAAUCGACGCGUUUUUUCUCUCGCGUUCGACAAUGUUCAGACGUUUAACGGCGCCGGUUCCGUUACCCGCCUCGAACGCGCGCUCCGAACCGACCGUCCCGCGAAAAGUCGAACGCGAAGGCGACGGCCGGGAGAAAACGCGCGGGCAGAGGCGGCGGUGGGCGGCGCUCGACGAAAUUACUAUUAUCGCCGUCGUUUGACACACGUUUCGAGGCGAACGCGGUGCAAACGCAAUGACGGCCGGCGCUAAAGACGCUCGUGUGGGGGACAGUGGGGGGGGGAGGAGGGGGACGAGAAACGCGACUGCCCGCGAGAGAAUUGAUAUUGCGCGCCGCCGCGGGAACUCGGAACGGCCGAACUUCCGUCGCGAUAUUGUAAAUGCUUGCCGCGCGCGUCGUGUUCUGUGUGUGUGUGUGUGUGUGUGUGUGUGCCGACGGGGCCCGUCGAGAUUUCCCCGCGCGCCAACUCGUCCGGGACAACAGAGUCGCCUUUCGCCGGGUACAGAAUAUUAUUGUUAUUGUUAUACGUUUACGCGAUCGCCCGGGGGGGGGGGCAACGUUUCGACGCGGUUUCAAAGACUAUUUGCCCCGGUCGAAAACACGCGGCGGCGGCGGCGGCGUCGUCGUUCGCAACCCCCCCCCCCACGGGUUCUCGCGGUGCCCCCGGCGGUUUUCACUCGCCGGCCGGGCGGAAACGAAACGACGACUCGUAAAACGAAACGGCGCAGGUAAACCGCGCGCGAAAACAACAACAGCGACUACAACGACAUUAUUAUUGUUGUUGUUAUCAUACGCGUAAAUUAUACGCAAUAUCGCGCCGCCACGGGACCGUUUCCGGAGUCGGCGCGAUCCGUCCCCGUACACCAAUAACCAAUUGCGCGUCUCCGCGGUCUCGUCCGUCCCCGGGCGACGGCGUCGAUUCGUACAUAAAUGUAAUAUCGACGAACCGUACGCUUGUUAGCGGCUAAUCGAACGGGGGGGGAGGGGGGCCGCGAAUUUCGUUUCAUUUUUCCCGAACUCGCCGUGCAAUUUUCACCGUGCGAUCCCUUCGAUUGUUUUUCCCCCGCGUAAUACCCGUGACACACGUAAUCCGUUUCUCGUGUCCGAAUUCCAACUGCCGUUUCGGGUUUUACGACCCGUACGCCCGUCGCGGCCUGUAGAGCCAUUCUGCCCCGGGGCCGAAGACGUACGUACAAUAAUACCGCCGUCGCCUGCCUACCCCGGGAAAGUCGGCUUAUGCGGUUUCGUGCAGUGUUGCCGGUAUGUCGGUUACGGACGGUUGAAUAAUUUCGGCGCGCAUCCGUGUACGCGUCGUCUCGCCGCGGCCCGAGCGGGACCGGAUAUUUCGGAGUUGCGAAGUCUUUUUCCACUUCCGGCAUCCGACAACAAUACGCGCGACGGCGGGCCGCCGCUGUCGCGCCCGACGCCGACGGUAACGCGGACGACCGCGCGAUAAUUGAUCGGCGAGUCACGCCCGUCAACAACAACAACAACAACGGCGGCAAUAAUAUUACACUGUUAUCAUUAUGGUCAACGGAACGCGCGGCGAGACGGAAUACGAACAACGCGUUACGUCCGGCAUUAUAUUAUCUCUCGUUGUAUUCGCGCGUUAUUAUUAUGAUUAUUAUUAUUAUACUGUUACGCGUAGAGAGCUAGGCGCGUAAUAACGUGCGAAUGUGACAAGAGCCGUUACGUAUUAUUAUUAUUAUGGAUAGGUUUUUCGUUCGUUUUUUUUUUUUUUUUUUUUUUUUUUUUUUUCUACGCGUUCGAAAACGCGAAUUCACAAUAUUCACCGUCGUAUUAAAAGUCGAAGGCCCGUCGUAAUCGACGGUUCGAAUCCGUGCGCCGAAAAUCGUUUGAACGAAAGACAAAAAGACGGACGCGGCGUGCAGUACACAAAAAACAAAAAAACGCCCGUGGGGAUAUUUUUCUGUCGAAUUUGCCCCGAAAAUGGAAACGUUCGCGUUGUAUUUAUGUCCGUUACAGUUGAUUUACUUGUAUACGCGCAGUACGCCGUACGUAGAUCUAUUUCCGCGUUACUAUUGGACGCCGAACAAGCUCAAACUCGGGAAUUUAGAGUAAGGUAUCAUGGCCGGAUUUCGGCGAUUACGUUUUGUUCGUAUUUUACACUCCUAUCACACAAACGCGGCCAAAAAUCGAGCCGCGGAUGCAUGACAUUUCGUAUGGCGAACGUGUCGAAAGGUGUUGUGCCUUACGGGGUGGAGGGGGUUCCGGCGGUUUUCAACGUUCAAUCGACUGUCCGACCGCCGUUCUUGUGACGAAAGUUCGUGUGUUUUCGAGAGAAAUACCGGGUUUUCAACACCCUCACUGACCCGUUAUCACCGUAAUCUACCGGGCGUCGCGUUCGUGUAUUUCGAACUCGGCCGAAAACGGGCGGGCGCCGCGGUUUUUUCAACGCGCUCGUCCGCCUCGCGACGCCGAUUACGCGCGAAUAAAUCUGCGGGCGCGUGACGAAUCGCGUACACGCAACAGUUCUAGUGAUAACAACAACGAUAACAAUAACAGCGGCAGCAGCGCACAACAACCACGACGUCCGCGAACGAGAAACGCGUACCCCCCGUGAUCGACGUUGUUUUCCGUCGAUAAAAAUAAAAAACGCGAUAUUUUCCGAUCCCCCGUCCAGUCCCCGCUUUUAAAACCGACCGGGUACAGGGUGAGUGUACACCCAGGACCAACGGCAUUGAAAGUUCCUCGGGACAGUGUCGUAUUAUUAUUGUAACACCAACACAUUCCUCGCUCCGAAUCGUUUAAAUACCGAGUACAAUAAUAUCGUAUCGGUGAACGGUACCAGCGACCACCAAACAUUAGAAUAAUAUCUCGAGUUUCCGGGAUAUUAUCUGUUUUAUCGCGCGCAAUCGAACGUUACCGACAAACGAUAAUUCGGUGACGAUAGACGGAACGCCGAUAACCGCCGAUAUUACAAGCGUCCCCGUCCCCUGGUUAGGAUAUUUUUUUUAUUUUUUUCUUACAAACCGUGGCGCUCGCGUUUUGUUCGCGGAAAACACGUGGUAAUUGUUGUGAAAACGUUAACGGGUUAUUGUUGAGGGGACGGCGCCUCGGCACGACAGUGACGGCGCGCGGCCGGACGAUUACGGCCGUGACAAACGAAACGUGUUUUUAGAACACGCGUUUUCCGGCAUUGCGGACGGGAAAUUAUGUGGGUUCAAACUCGUAAGCCCCCAAGUCGCUAAAUACGUCGCGUUCGCAGGUGCUGUUGAUGGCCGCCGGCAGAGGGCUGGGACGACCCGAACCGCCGCUCAGCGGCUUCGGCGCGGGCGGCGGGUUCUCCGGGCUGACGCUGGACAGCUACGCGGCGCCCAUCGGCGGCAGCGGCGGCCCGUACCCGAGCGGCGGACCCGCGCCGCAGUACGGGCCCCCGCAACAGGCGCCCGUCAUACACAAGCACGUUUACGUGCACGUGCCGCCGCCGGAGCCCACGUACUACGCCCCGAAGAAACCG